AAUUAUAGAAAUCAAAAACAAAACCAUUAUGAUGCUAUCAGAGUUGGUUCGGAAACAAAGGAGAGGAAAAUUUUGGUUCUUGACCGGAGUCCGAAAAUCGCCGGCGGAUUUCACUCUUUUGAAUCUAACUGGUUGUGGUGUAAUGCAUUCGUACCAGGUUGUGUGCAGGUUCUAAACCUGUUUUAUGGCCUCUCGCACUGGAUUACUUAUUUCAACUGUGUAAUAUAUUAGGUGUGCAGAAAUGGCUUUUCUUAAUCUAAGAGGAUCAAAUUACCAAACUAAUCUUGUGUAGUCAGAAGGAAAGUCCUGCAUCUGACUUUGGUAAUUCUGCCCUUCAACUAAUCCAUCAUUGCAUUUCACUUUGUUCACACUCCAUUUUUCAUCUGUCACAACAAGAACCAACACAUGAACAACUAGUUGAAUACACACACCAGAACAAGGUAUAGUGACUACAGUUUGCACUUCAGAUACUGCGUUUACUCGUUGAACAACCUCCUCAUCAUCCAUCGUAGGUAACUGAUUCCUCUUUUGCAGUCCAACUACACCUUUCAAUUCUUGCUGAAAGAUAGUACCUUUUUUUUUGUUUGUGGGAUGAUGAAUUCUGAUUCAAUCUCCCUCCUACCAUCAAGCAACAAGCCAAUGGCAAUACCCACAAAGGAGGAGGAAGAAGAAGAACCACCAAUUUCCACCACUUCUUUGCUUUCUUUUGACACAGAUUCUUCUUCUCCAUCUACUCCUCCUAAACCCCCUUUGACAACACUAAUUUUCACAGUUCUAAUUCUUGUCACUUGUAUAGCUCUCUCAGCAGCAUUUGCCUUUGGUUUCCUCUUCUUUUCCUCCUCCUCUUCACAUCCUUCUCUAUCCAUUUCUGAUGAUGUAUCAGUUAGGCCACUCAAAAAACUAAAACGUCCAGUUGUUCUCUUGGUUUCCUCAGAUGGGUUUCGCUUUGGGUAUCAGUACAAGACAGUUACCCCUAAUAUCAAUAGAUUGAUCAAGAAUGGAACAGAAGCGGAAUUGGGUUUAAUACCUGUGUUCCCAACUUUGACUUUUCCUAAUCAUUAUGCUAUUGUUACUGGAUUGUACCCUGCUUAUCAUGGUAUUGUUAACAAUUAUUUUCUUGAUCCCAAUACUGGUGAAGCUUUUAGUAUGAAGAGUUAUGAUCCCAAGUGGUGGCUCGGUGAGCCGCUUUGGGAAACUGUGGUCAAUCAUGGUCUUAAAGCUGCUACUUAUUUCUGGCCUGGCUCUGAGGUUAAUAAAGGAGGUUGGACUUGUCCUCAAUCUCUAUGUGUGAUAUAUAAUGGUUCUGUUCCAUUUGAAGAAAGAGUGGAUACAGUUUUGAACUACUUUGACUUGCCAAGUGAUGAAAUUCCAUCGUUUAUGACGCUCUAUUUUGGAGACCCUGAUCAUCAGGGUCACAAGGUUGGCCCAGAUGAUCCUCAAAUUACUGAAGCCAUUACAAGAGUUGAUGGGAUGAUUGGGAGGUUGAUCCGAGGUUUAGAGGAAAGAGGGGUUUUUGAGGAUGUGAACAUCAUAAUGGUGGGCGAUCAUGGUAUGGUUGGUACUUGUGAUAAAAAGUUAAUCUUUUUAGAGGAUUUGGCUCAGUGGAUUGAAAUCCCAAAGGAUUGGAUACAGUCAUAUAGUCCAUUGCUUUCCAUUCGUCCACCACCAAGUUACUCCGCCAAGGAUGUGGUUACCAAGAUGAACAAGGGCUUAAAGUCAGGGAAGGUUGAGAACGGUCAGUAUUUGAAAGUGUAUCUGAAGGAGGAGCUGCCUGCCCGGCUUCAUUAUUCAGCUAGCGACCGAAUACCACCCAUCAUUGGAUUGAUUGAUGAAUCAUUUAAGGUCGAGCAGAAGAGCUCAAAAAGGAAAGAGUGUGGUGGAUCUCAUGGGUAUGACAAUGCAUUCUUCUCAAUGAGGAGCAUUUUCAUUGCCCAUGGUCCUCAGUUUGCCAGGGGCCGUAAAGUCCCAUCUUUUGAGAACGUUCAGAUUUACAACCUGAUUACGACAAUCCUUAAUAUACAAGGAGCACCCAACAAUGGGACAACAUCAUUUCCAAAGACGAUUCUUUUACCCAGCCACUAAGACCUUUUCUGAGAAAGCUAAUUAGGGAUGUGAGAGAAUAUCAUCCAUUUUUGUAUGCUUCACUUAACAAUUAGAAAGAAAGACUGUUAAAAGCUGAUUUAAGGUGAUGAACUACUGCUGAAUAGAACACAAGUUCAGAGUAGGAAACAAAAAGUAAGAUCCUUUUAGAUGUUUUUUUCUUCCUCUGAAUCUUCAUUUACUUCUUUUAAGAACAUUCUUUUUGGGGAAUCUUAGUUCCCCAUAUAUACAUAAACAAGGUUGAGUAUACUCCAUGUUACAUCAAUGGAAACUCAGACCCAACGAUGUGGAAAACGAAAGCCAUUGAAUUGAAGGGGCAGUUUGAUUUUUUCGUGUGUUCCUAUGGAGAUAUUGGCAUUACUAUGUGAAAAUGGUGUAUUACUGUUCAACUACUGCAAAAUGGCUUGACACACACACACCAUAAACAUACAAGCAAAUUGCAUGUGAAGAAUUUCUGUGAACCAUAUUUUACGAGGAGAACAAUCUACUUAGAUAUUUCUUUUUUUUCUUUUCUUCUUUUUUAAUAUUUUGAUAGUUGGUCUAUGUUAAGGUUGCCUUUGGAUGUUACUCGACCAACACUUCAACUCUCUGGUGUUUCGUCUUGCCUUUCUUGGAAGCUGUCUUCAGAAAAAUCAGACAGAAACCAAUUAGAUUGGAAGAACUUUUGUGUUUUUAUUGGGUUGCUGCUAUGUUUCUAAGGACUUUUAUAAGAGAAUUCGAACUCUAAAUUUUAGUUUAAGAAGUCAAAAAAAUUACAAUUAUUUCCUUUUUAAGAUGUAGGAUUGAAAGAUUAUUUCAGAUUCUUGUCAAAUUGUCUUUGUCGCCAUAAUUAUAGAGGCAUUGCAACCCAUAAUGCUAGGAGGAUUUAAGCACUUGAGAUAGUUGUUUUCCAUUUGUGUUUUAGAAGGCUUACUUCAUUAAUCUAAUAUGCUACUCAUAAUCUACUAGCUAUCAGACAUGACAGCCAAACACUUGCACCAUUAUAAUGCAUUGACCUUUAUGACAAUAUUAGGUAUCUAUCAUUUCUUAAAGCAACAUAUGACCUAUCAAUGGAGAAAAGAAGAAAAGAUCUUCAUGUAAUCUCCAAUCCUAUCUUAGUUGCUUAAUUUUUCUGCUAAUAUAUGAUAUAAAAGCUUCACUAAGAAUUACCAACUAGAAUUAAGGUACUCAG